AUGGAAGCGUGGACCCAAUUCACAUCCACACCAACUUGUCCAUCCAACACCCCAGUCCCAUACCCGCUCCCACGCCAACUUGUCCAUCCAACACCCAGUCCAAUACCCGCUCCCACGCCAACUUGUCCAUCCAACACCCAGUCCUAUACCCGCUCCCCCGCCAACUUGUCCAUCCAACACCCCAGUCCUAUACCCGCUCCCACGCCAACUUGUCCAUCCAACACCCCAGUCCCAUACCCCCUCCCACGCCAACUUGUCCAUCCAACACCCAGUCCAAUACCCGCUUCCACGCCAACUUGUCCAUCCAACACCCAGUCCUAUACCCGCUCCCACGCCAACUUGUCCAUCCAACACCCAGUCCAAUACCCGCUCCCACGCCAACUUGUCCAUCCAACACCCAGUCCAAUACCCGCUCCCACGCCAACUUGUCCAUCCAACACCCAGUCCAAUACCCGCUCCCACGCCAACUUGUCCAUCCAACACCCAGUCCUAUACCCGCUCCCACGCCAACUUGUCCAUCCAACACCCCAGUCCCAUACCCGCUCCCACGCCAACUUGUCCAUCCAACACCCCAGUCCUAUACCCGCUCCCACGCCAACUUGUCCAUCCAACACCCAGUCCAAUACCCGCUCCCACGCCAACUUGUCCAUCCAACACCCAGUCCUAUACCCGCUCCCACGCCAACUUGUCCAUCCAACACCCCAGUCCUAUACCCGCUCCCACGCCAACUUGUCCAUCCAACACCCCAGUCCCAUACCCGCUCCCACGCCAACUUGUCCAUCUAACACCCCAGUCCUAUACCCGCUCCCACGCCAACUUGUCCAUCCACCUCCCCAGUCCUAUACCCGCUCCCACGCCAACUUGACAUCCAACACCCCAGUCCCAUACCCGCUCCCACGCCAACUUGUCCAUCCAACGCCCCAGUCCCAUACCCGCUCCCACGCCAACUUGUCCAUCCAACGCCCCAGUCCUAUACCCGCUCCCACGCCAACUUGUCCAUCUGACACCCCAGUCCUAUACCUGCUCCCACGCCAACUUGUCCAUCCAACAGCCCAGUCCCAUACCCGCUACCCCGCCAACUUGACAUACAACACCCCAGUCCUAUACCCGCUACCACGCCAACUUGACAUACAACACCCCAGUCCUAUACCCGCUCCCACGCCAACUUGA